CUACGAGAGCGAGCGAGUAUGGAUAACUUAGACAACCUCCUGGCUGAUCUUCAGUCUUCACGGAGAGACUUCGAGGUCAGCUACAAACGUUCAGGUAGUAUGGAACGUAGCGAACGUAUAUCGGAGAGCUCGUCGCGUACCGUGGACCGUCCAGUCACUCCCGUGCAGCUCGUGCCAGAAACGGCUACCAAAGAACUGCAGUACAAUUAUCGAAUGCAUGACCCCAUCUACCAGAACUCGCACGUCAUCAAAGAAACCAUCACGGCGCAUGGUACGUCCGAGAGGGCCCAGUCGCCCAUUCGGGCAGCCAACAAUCUCUCCCAUCUCGACUCGCUUGUGACCGUAAGCGACGUGCUUCCCUUAUCCAACGGUGGCAAUGCAUGCGAGACCACUUCCGAGUACAUGAUACGAACGGAGCAGAUGACUUCGUCGGGCGGUGGCAGGUCCUCGCCAUCGAGACCCAAGUCCCCGAGCGCCUACAUCUCCCACCAUUCUUCCCAACACUAUUCCUCGAAUUCCUCGGCCCCCCGAUCCAAAUCCCCUCCCCACACCUACUACCGAGCCAAGUCCCCCUGUCCCAAGGUGAACUUCAACCACGAGCGCAUGGUCGAUGAGUUGCGAUCCACCAUCCCCAAAACCACAGGCCGCUCAGGAUACUUUGUGCACGAUUCCCAUCGCGAUGAUUAUUCCCAUCGGAAGUACUCUCAGUCUACCGAGCCCGCCCCCACGCCUAAAUCUUACAGAAUUCAUUCGUAUACAGAGCCCCCGCGUCAGAGUCGACCGAGGACUCCAACGCACGCGUCGAACGCCACUCAGGAGCUGGACAGCCUCAUGGCUUCACUGUCGGAGUUCCGCCUGCGCGACCCUCACUACAGCGGUGCGGGUCACCCACACAGGAAAGAGGUUCGUACCACCGUCUCUUCGACCUCCUCUCAUUCGACGCUGCACCGACCUCAGAAAGAGAUUCUCGACUCUAUGCUCGGCUCGCUUCGCGACGACAUGAAUAGCCAGGGCGUGACAACGACAGCCAAGGGAUGCUGUGCUGCCUGCAAAAAACCAAUCGUCGGACAGGUUGUGACGGCGCUCGCCAAGAUGUGGCAUCCGGAGCACUUCGUCUGUGCGCACUGCUCCCAGGAGCUCGGCACGAGGAACUUCUACGAGCGGGACGGUGAAGCCUACUGCGAACAGGACUACCACAAGAUCUUCUCGCCUCGAUGCAGCUAUUGCAACGGUCCAAUCCUGGACAAAUGUGUUACGGCUCUCGACCGCACUUGGCAUCCGGAGCACUUUUUCUGCGCGCAAUGCGGCCGUCAGUUCGGCGAGGAGGGUUUCCACGAGAAAGAUGGCAAACCCUACUGUCGAGAUGAUUAUUUCUCCAUGUUCGCGCCCAAAUGCGCCGGCUGCAAUAUGCCCAUUACGGAAAACUACAUCUCGGCGCUCAGCAUGCAGUGGCAUCCGGAAUGUUUCGUCUGUAGAGACUGCCUCCAGCCCUUCCAGGGAGGCUCGUUCUACGACUACGAAGGCCAGCCGUACUGCGAAACGCAUUACCACGCCAAACGGGGCUCUCUUUGCGCCGGCUGCCACAAGCCCAUUUCGGGUCGGUGUAUCACUGCCAUGUUCCGCAAGUAUCAUCCGGAACACUUCGUCUGCUCGUUCUGCUUGAAACAGCUUAACAAAGGAACGUUCAAGGAGGAGAACGAUAAGCCUUACUGUCACGAUUGCUUCGAGAAGCUUUACAGUUAGACGAUGUGAGUACGGAGGAUUCGGACUCAGAACAACGCUGGACUCACGAUGCGGUUGACGUUCGUGUUAAGACCUCAUUAGAAACGAAAGAAACAAUGAGAGUCCCGUUCAACAACGACUACAAGGGGAAGGAAACCUGUGCUUCACCGGUGUAAAUGUGAAUGGAAGGUCGCUCAAUCGAUAGCUCGGUCGAUCGGUUGAAGCAGCGAACGAACGAUUGAACGAAUACGGAAAUAUCUGCCUUAUUGUAUCAUUCUGAACCAGAUUCCUCGAGCGCUACGCGAGAAAAAAAACUUGGGGGCCAACUAACCAUUCUGUUUAUAACGAGCUUAAACCGCAAAACAGACUUGAUCGGGCGUACUCAUCCCCUCAGCUGCUCAUACUCUCACGUUUCCGACAUGGAAGGGAACCGCUGGCCCAAUAAUUACGUGAUCAAUCGGUUCUGAGACGUCUCAGCCAUGUUUCUCCGAAUUGGAUGUCUCAUUGGAUCCAAGGCGGCGAUGAUCGCCAUCUGGGUGCUCCCUAAUCAUGGAUGCUCAUCUCUGAAUGCUUCGACGUGUUUCAAUUUGUGGUUCGAUGGAAAAUCGAUCGGAUGCUCAGGGUAGCAGUCAGAUGACCUUUUUUCGUUUGACGGCCGGCAGAGAGAUCAGAGAAACGCCGCGACGCAUUGUUUCUGAGACCUGCGUGAAUGGAAAGCUGCACCUUUGAAUUGUUCACAGUCAUCGUGUCUCCUGGUUUUCGCAGUAGCAGAUCGAUACUACUCCGGAGCCCAGGCUCCCUUGAGAAGAAGAGCCAUCUAUGGUUGCUAGAGAGAAUUCCAUAACUAUAAAAGACUACACUACAUCAUACGAUUAGAUGCUCCACCACGUGCUGGCGUUGAUUUCAACUCAUCGAGUUCUAUCAAUUGACUCCUGGAAGAAUUGUACUGACCUAG